CUCUCCUUCCGCCGCCGGACUCGAGCGGAGAUCUUCCUCCUAUCCUCUCGCCUGCCAGAAUGCCCCCCAAGAAGCGCCCGCACCUGUUGCCCGCUGGUCCCAAACCGGAAGAGCGCGUCGAGGAAGCUGCUCCUUCUGUCUCUACCUCUGGCACGGAAGAUUCUGAGGAGGAAGUUGGUGACAGCAGCAGUAGCGGCACCGACAACGAAGACGACAGUGGCAGCAAUUCAUUGCAGAUUGACGGUGCCGACAUGGACGACCCAUCCAAAGUGCACAUCUUUGUCAAGAAUCCCGCCGGCAGGAAAAUCUGUCUCAGGGGGGUCCACUUGUCAGACACAGUUUACACCAUCAAGGCAAAGAUCCAGGAGCGGUACCGCCUCGUCUUGGACGGGGUUCAGCUGGAAGACAACCGUACAUUGGCCGAUUACGGCGUCCAACAUGAUUCCACGCUUGACCUCCAAGAAAAGAUGCAAAUCUUCGUGAUGGAAACGCUAGAAGGCAGGACCAUCACUCUCGAGGUGGACAGCCUAGACACCAUUGACAAGGUGAAGGCCAAGAUAGAAGACAUUGAGGGCUUUCCCAAGGUCCAGCAGUGCCUCAUCUUUGCUAACAAACAGCUGGACGACGGCAAGCUCACCUUGGAGGACCACAACAUUGGGAAAGGGUCCACUCUUCUCCUCAUCCUCCUUCCGUGCAAUCCAACUGUUGUGAUGGAAUUAUUCAUCAAGAUGUGGCGAGGCAACACCCUCACCCUUAAGGUUGGGCGCUCAGACACUAUCGGUAGUGUGAAGGUGAAGAUCUACGAGCAUGACGGCAUUCCCCCUAGGCAGCAGCGCCUCAUAUUUGCUGGGACGCAGCUGGAGGACCACCGUACCCUGGCCGACUACAAAAUUCAACAGGAGUCUACCAUUCAUUUGGCGGGACGUCUUUGUGGUUGUUGAGAUUCGUGGCCUCCCAUCGAACAACAAUUUCAUGUUUGCUGCAUUAGGUUUUCUAGUGGUCGUGAAUUGUCAUCAUUCUAGUACCUUAGUAGUGGUGUGUUAUUAGUAGAACUAUCAUCCUGGUACGUGAUGUCUAUCGAGAAAACAAGCUACAUUUAAGAGUCCCUUCCUCGGUUUGCCUUGGCAUUAGUAAGUUGAUUGAGAAAUAGAGGUCUGCACACAGUUUUGCCG